CUUUAAAUAAAAUCUGUAAACUAUCGGGUUGGCUUAUAUUGAUUGGGCUGUUCAAAGAAAGUUUACAGGAAACCUCUGUGUUUACUGAAGUCUGUCAGCCAUGAAGUCCAACCAAGUAUUUUACAUCGCCUUGAGCUUGCUUCUGCUGGGAUCCUUGCUGCCAAACGAAGUGGAGUCCUUAAAAGUAGAUCUUAAUAAGCUGUCGGAGUGCACAGAAUCGGGAUUGAAAGUAGCCGCCACGUUGAUCUCGAGGGCGAUACCAUGUGUAAAAAAAUUGGCAAAGUGUGCUGACUUUCGAGCCAUUAAGACUAAGGACCUUGAUAUUACCGGACUGGCCCUCUUGGGCUAUCAAUAUCUGCAAAAGGUCGUGAACAACCAAAGAUGUCUAUUGAUCACCUUGAAAGAAGGCUACGAUGCUGUUUCGCCAUACAUUGACAAACUUAUUAGUGAGAAUUGCCUACCAGGGCUCAGCUAAACAAUAUAUACAUAUGCAACAACUUUA